AUGUCCACCGACGAUGCUGCCGCGUCAGCGUCGCCUGAGGGCGUGACACGCCCGCCGUCCUCCGCGUCAAGCGGCAGCGAGAGCCGCUGCGGGGUGCAGGGCGAGGCGCCCGCCGUCUGCGAGGCCCCGUCGUUGUCUUCCACGUCGUCACGGGCGACGGUGGCGUCAGAGCUGGCGGGUCUUCUCCGGGCGCACAACGAACGCCAGGCGGAGCUGCGGGCGGCUGGGCGGCGGGCGUGGGAGGAGGUGCAGCAGCGUGCCGAGGCCGCCUGCGACGCCGUGGUGGGCGGCGCCGACGCCGAGGUGAGCGCCGCCUUCGCACGAGAGAAAAAGAUUGAGAUGGAACUAAAGGCAAUUGCCACGCGGUCUGCCCAGCUGCAGCGGCAGAUGACGGCGUGGGCCACACUCUUUGGGAGGCUGAAUACAGAGCUGAAGGAAGUGGGCGAUGUGUCGAAUUGGGCCCGGCGCAUCGAGGAGGACCUCUCGGAGACCGUGCACGUGCUGGAGGAGCUGGCGGAGCGAAGACGACGGGAACAGGGGGCGCAGCGGCCUCUUGGCAGUUGA